CCUAACUUCCUCAUCUUCCACACUGGGUGUACUGCGUAGGCUAGGCUAGUCUCGUUCGGCGUGUAGAGUCAAAGGGAUUUUUGUGUUUGUUGGCUAAACAACCUUUUGAGUUGCAUAUUGGAAAGUCCCAGCGGAACUCAAAAGGUUGUUUAUCCAGCUAUCGGCAGACAAAUCCUAAAUCUAAAAAGGAACAUUUUAAAGCUGGAUCAUUCGAUCAGCAUGAAGUUCAUAAUUGAAGUUUAUCUGUUGGGUCUAAUUACAUCUCCCGCAUCUACAGCCACACAUUCGCUGAAAUACUUCUACACAGCAACUUCAGGAAUACCAAACUUCCCAGAGUUUGUAACAGUGGGGCUGGUGGAUGGCCUGCCUAUCUCAUACUACGACAGUAACAUCCGCAGAGAGACGCCUCGUCAGGAUUGGAUGGCUGAAACUCAGGGUUUUGAGUACUGGGAGAGACAGACUCAGGAGUCCAUCAGUGCUGAGCACAGCUUCAAAGCCAACAUAGAUAUUGCCAAGGUGCGCUUCAACCAGAGUGGAGGUGUACACACACUCCAGAGGAUGUUAGGUUGUGAGUGGGAUGAGGAGACUGGAGCUACAGAUGGGUAUGAUCAGGAUGGUUAUGAUGGUGAGGACUUUAUAUCUCUGGAUCUGAAGAACCUGAGAUGGAUCGCUCCAGUGCAGCAGGCCUUCAUCACCAAACAGAAGUGGGACUAUAACAAAGCUCAGCUUGAGUACUUGGAGAACUACUACACCCAUAUCUGUAUUGACUGGCUGAAGAAAUAUGUGGACUAUGGGAAGAGCACUCUGAAGAGGACAGUCCCCCCCUCUGUGUCUCUGCUCCAGAAGAGCCCCUCCUCUCCAGUCACCUGCCACGCUACAGGCUUCUACCCCAGAAGUGUCAUGGUGUUCUGGAGGAGAGAUGGAGAACAGGUGUACGAGGAUGUGGAGCAUGGAGAGGUUCUCCACAACGAGGAUGGAACCUUCCAGAACAGUGUUCACCUGACAGUGAAGCCUGAGGACCUGGACAGCAGGAGGUAUGAGUGUGUGGUUCAGCUCUCGGGGGUUCAGGAGGACUUUGUCACCAGACUGGAGCGCUCUGUGGUGAAGACCAACCAUGGAAACACUGGAAGGACCAACCCAGGUGCAGAAGGUUCUGGUUCCUCUGGUCUCAUCAUUGGAGCUGUGGUUGGUGUUCUUCUGCUGGUCGCCAUCGUCUGUGGAGUCGUCAUCUGGAAGAAGAAGAAGGAUGCUAAGAAAGGCUUUGCUCCAGCUAACACUUCUGACGAUGGAUCUAACUCUUCCGGGAAUUCUUAUGAUACCGUGAACUCACAGGAAGCUCUCAUCCUCUCACAAUAACUUCACAGAACCAUGAAUGGACACCCCAGUGCAGUCAGACACCUUGCUGGGGAAAGAGAAACCAUGGCAGGACAGAGAUGAACACACUUUGAUUGAGUUUAUCUUUGUUCCCUCUUAUGUGUUUGCAGUCUCUUACAUGUUACAUAGAUUAUCCACUGGCUCUCAUUCUAAAACUGGGGGGAAAACAGGAAGCUAGAUAUUUAGGUAAUCAGGAAGUGUCUUUGACAUACGUGUGUGGUGUAUCGGAUCAUUCAGUGAAUACAUUUAUUGGGAUAUAAUUCUGAUGUACUUUCAAUCCAAUUUUCCAUACUUCACAUUUUUCUUUCUUUGUGGGACACUCUAGAACACUGUGGAGGUUCCUGUGUAAGACACACUGCUCCAUGUACACAAUGUACAAAGCAACUUCAGGUUUUCUUGUUGGUUAGUGGUAACUGAUUUAAAUUGUUGAAAUAUUUUUUUUUACUGUUGCUUCCUUUUCUACAGGUACACUUGCACUUCAUUCAUGCACGAUUCAUGUUGUUUAAUUGUAACUUGUUUAACUACAUGCUCUUGUGGUUCUUCCCUUUGGCACUUACUUUGGCUGUUCACAAUAUGUGCUUCAUGUUUUGGCUACCCACAAUGUUUUUGGGGCUAUCUUGUUGUUAUCAGUGACCUAUGCACUUUGUAAAGCUCUCUCUUGGAAGUCGCUUUGGAUAAAAGCCUCUGCUAAAUGAAUAAAUGUAAAUGUUUUAACAUGAACAUUUUAUCAUUAAAAUAUUAAUAUGUUUAA